AUGGAACAAGGACCUGAACGAGAACCCAGACGGAUAAGAGAAGGCUAUCUAGUGAAGAAGGGCAGUAUGUUUAAUACCUGGAAGCCUAUGUGGGUAGUGCUGUCAGAAGAUGGAAUCGAAUUAUUUAAGAAGAAGACUGAUAACAAUCCCAAAGGAAUGAUUCCCCUCAAGGGCAGCAAACUGACCAGUCCCUGCCAGGAUUUUGCUAAAAGAGCAUUUGUCUUUAAACUCACAACAGCCAAACAACAGGAUCACAUCUUACAAGCUUCUCAUCUUGAGGAGAGAGAUGCUUGGGUGAAAGACAUCAAGAAGGCCAUCAAAUGCAUUUUGGGAGGGCAAAGGUUUUCCAGGAAAUCAACAAAGAAAUCUAUCAGGCUUCCUGAAACCAUCAAUCUGAGUGCUUUGUAUCUCUCUAUGAAGGACCCCAACAAGGGGAUACGGGAAAUGAAGCUGGAAAAAGACAAGAAAAUUUUCAAUCAUUGUUUUACAGGUAGUUCUGUGAUUGAUUGGUUGCUGUCAAACAAUUCAUUACGAAAUCGCCAAGAGGGUAUAGUGCUGGCAUCUGCCCUAUUGAAUGAAGGCUACUUUCAGGCUGCUGGUGAUACAUCGAAAAAUGCACUUGAAGGCCUAUCAGAAACCCCUUUCUUGGAUAUGGAGGAUGCUUAUUACUAUUUUGCUGACAGUGGUUUCUUCUGUGAGGGCAACUCCAGUGAUGAUGACACAGUCUUCAAGGAAGAAUUCAGAGGCCUGGUGGUUAAGCAGGGUUGUCUGCUGAAACAGGGUCACAGAAGGAAAAACUGGAAAGUGCGGAAAUUUAUUUUGAGAGAGGACCCUGCCUACAUGCAUUACUAUGAUCCUGCGGCAGGAGAAGAUCCACUUGGAGCCAUUCACUUGAGGGGCUGUGUAGUGACGGCGAUUGAAGACACAUCAGAGGGCAAGAAAAAUGAAGUGGAGGGAAACCUCUUUGAGAUUAUUACCGCAAGUGAGGUGCACUACGUCCUUCAAGCAGCCACCUCUGCAGAACGUACAGAAUGGAUCAAGGCCAUUCAGCUUGUCUCUAGAACUGGAAAAUGAAAGACUGUUGGUUUUAGAAAAAAAAAGAAUAAGAAAAACCGUAAAAGCGAUUUACUAACUCAGUAGCUCUCUGGAAAGGAACAUCAGUUUUAAAUUUAAACUGUUAUUUAACAAUAUGUAGAUUGUUUUAUAAUUGGCAGAAUAUUUAAUGUUGUAUAGAUCAGUUUUUUCUAUUUUCCUCUAUCCCAAAAAGGAAUGGUAAUCUAUAGCUCUUCAGAUGCUGCUGACAAACACCCAGCAACCAACAAUAUGGCCAACGAUUAAGGAUGGCGAGGGAACCAGUUUACCAGCAUCUGAAGGAUCCAAAUUCCCACACUGUUUUUUGUUUAAAAUGCAAUUAUACAUAUAAUUAGGAUCUUCUAUUACAUUUCGUUAUCUUUUAUGGGGCACCUCUGAAGCAGAUGAAUGAAUAGAUAUGAUAUCUGUUUUAUGAUUGCUGCAUAUGGUGGUUGGGGAGAAAAAUGUUUUCCUUGUAAA